AACCGUAACUUUAUUAAAUCUUAAUUUUGAUUAGUAAUAUGCGUCGGGACUUCUGUCGGACAACUUUAAAGGCAGUUUUCUCAGUUUUAAGAUGUUUUAGACCAUCUAGAUUUAUCUCCCACACCAUAUCAACGCAAGGCUUCUUCGUUCAGCUUUCAGAUAAUGCAUAGAUCUCUCUGACCCUUGGGUUCAGGGGUUCAGGGCUCAGGUCCAGGUUCGUAUAUAAUCAUUUGCAGAAUAAAGACCCCGCCCUGCUGCUCUGAGCCGCUGAGAUGAUUACUUUCACUUGCUGGAGAAACUGAGGGAAAGCGCGUCUUGACUUCACUGAACCUGCAUCACGUUCUUGCAACCAAAAAAAAUGAAGCAUGUCCUUUUUUCUCUGUUUUUGUUGUGUGUUCGUGGGCAUGAUAUAGUGCCAGUGACUGUAACAGAGGGAGAUUCAGUCACUUUGUCAAUAAUGGAUAUUGAAACAAUUCAACAGGAAGAAAUUAGAUGGUAUUUUAAUAGCUUUUGCUUUGCUGACACCACUGGAGAUCAGAACAGUACAGAUGUUCAGUGUGUUAAUGAUACAGAGAUAUUCAGAAACAGACUUAAGGUGAAUAAUAUGACUGGAACUCUGACCAUCACAGACACCAGAACCACAGACUCUGGACUUUAUAAACUACAGAUCAGCAACAGCAGCAGCAGUCAUCUUCAGGUCUUCAGAGUUUCUGUCUAUAAUGCUUCUCAACAAGACAAAACGAAGUCAGUGAAGGAGGGAGACUCUUUUAUUUUAGAUCCUGGUGUAGUGAAUGCCACAAAUUAUUUGAUGAAAUGGAUUUUUGACGGCAUUCCUAUUGCCGAAAUCAGUGGAGAUCUUAGUUUUAACUGUACAGAUGUUCAGAGGAAGAAUGGCACUGAGAGAUUCAGAAACAGGCUGAAACUCGAUCAGACUCUAUCUCUGACCAUCAUGAACACCAGAACCACAGACUCUGGAGAUUAUAAACUACAGAUCAUCAGCAAAAGAUUCAGCAUCAUGAAGAGCUUCAUUGUUAAUGUCACUGGUUAUGCUGAAGCAGAGAGAGUGUCAGUCGUGGAGGGAGAUUCAGUCACUCUAUACUCUGAUGUGGAAACAAUCCAACAAGAAAAGCUUAAAUGGUAUUUUAAUGAGAUUCAAAUCACUGGAAUCACUAGAGACUCCAAUGAAACUUGUACAAGUGUUCAGUGUAAAGAGAGACUAAAAGUGAAUCAUCAGACUGGAUCUCUGACCAUCACAAACAUCAGCACCACAGACUCUGGACUUUAUAAACUACAGAUCAGCAGUGACAGUCUUCAACUCUUCAGUGUUUCUGUCUUUUAUGCUCCUGAACAAGAUAAACUGAAGACAAAGUCAGUGAAGGAGGGAGAAUCUGUCAUUUUAUAUCCUGGUGUAGUGAACACAACAAAUUAUUCGAUGAAAUGGAUUUUUAAUGACGUUCGCAUCGCUGAAAUCAAUGGAGAUCUUGGUUUUAACUGUACAGAUGUUCAGUGUAAUAAUGGUACUGAGAGAUACAGAAACAGGCUGAAACUGGAUCAUCAGACUGGAUCUCUGACCAUCAUGAACACCACAACCACAGACUCUGGAGUUUAUCAACUACAGAUCAACAAUAAAAGACUUAGCAUCAUAAGGAGCUUCAUUAUUAAAAUCACUGUGAAGGAGGGAGAAUCUGUCACUUUAGACAAUGUAGAAAUAAAAAAAACCAAAAAUAUGAUGAAAUGGUAUUUUAAAGACACUCUCAUCGCUGAAAUCACUGGAGAUCAGAGUCAGAUCUGUACAGAUGAUGAGUGUAAAAAGAGAUUCAGAGACAGACUGAAGCUGGAUCAUCAGACUGGAUCUCUGACCAUCAUGAACAUCAAGACUACAGACUCUGGAGAAUAUAAACUACACAUCAGCGACAGCAGCAGAAUUAACAUCAUAAAGAGCUUCACCAUCACUGUACAUAAAAUAGAGCACAUACCUGAUGUCCCAGCUAAGGAACUGGCUGUUUCAGAAUCGGUUCUGCCUCCAGCCGCUGUAGCAGGAAUAUGUGUUGGUGUAGCUGUUCUGCUGCUCGUUGUUGCUGGGGUGAUGUACUAUCGCAAACAUCAAGCAGAACAAAGUAGCCUUACGCUGCACUUCAAUAAUCAGAUGAAUGGCACUGAAGACCCUGUUGAUGACUCCUGCCAAUGAAUCAUCUUCUUAAUCCCACUGAAACCAAGGAUGCUAAUAAGACAUCAUGGUAGCAUUAUUUUUAAACGCUUUUACUGAAAGAAAAAGCGAUGAAAAGCUGUAAAACAGCUAGAUUUCAAUAUUCAGCACCAACACCAGUGUAAAUUAAUGCAAUACCAAUUUCAUUACUUAUCCUAAAUAAUAAAUAAAAAGUAGGCUACAUGUAUUUUUUUAAUGAUGUAACAUAGCUUCAGAAAAGCGAAUUAGUAACUAAAUAAGCAAACAGAGAAAGCCUGACCAGAAAGUUUCAAGUAGAAGAUGAACAGUUAAAGUGGUUAUGACAUGCUAUUUUAAAGGUCAAUAUUUGGUGUAACAAACAUGCUUUAUUGUUCAAAAAACACAUUAUUAUAUACUGGAUUACACUUUUAAAUGUAUGUAUUGAUGAGUAUUAAUUGCUUACUAAAAUAUUUAAUUAUGCAAAUGUACAACAACUGUUUCACAAGCUUAGGUGCGCUUAUUAAGCAAGGUGUAGGGUCUAGGAAGGGUGUUUUAAUCACAUUUAAAUUAGCUGUUCACAUGCAAGAAAGCAAAAAAACACAUCCAUCCAAGUUUGCUUCUUCAUCAGAACAGAUUUGGAGAGGUUUAGAACUAGAUCACUUGUUCACCAAUGGAUCCUCUGCAGUCAACUGAAACAAAACCGAACUGCAUGCAGCAGCCUGGACAUGAGCAGAAAACAAAUACAGGAAACUCUUGAUUAUACUACUUAACCAAACAAGAACAACCACAAAGGACCACAAACACUGCACAGGAAACAGGAAGAGAACUGGGAAAAUGUAAUAUGACCUGAUGAAGAAACAAACUCGUCGACGUCUUGGAUGGCUUGAGGGUGACUACAUUUCCAGCACAUUUGAAUUUUUUUAUUUCACCGUCUUUUUACUGGUGACAACAAUACGCAUUUAAUAUUGUAACGCGCGCAUACGUAUUGGUAUCUUUAGAUAUAUUCACAAGACAAUUGUGCAUCAUGCUUAUUUUUGUAAAUGUUUUCAGAAAAGUCACUGCACUGUCGGAGCCGAUGCGCUGUAAUAUGCCUCCUCACAAAAAUAAAAUAAUAAUCAGCGUCAUUUCUUCAA